UGCUCUCUUAGUGAACUGAGACGUUGGAGACUUGGAGUAGAGAGAAUCCUCCUCUCUUGUACAUACAAUAAAAUUCCCACAGGCCACAGCCAUAAUUCCGGACAAUCAAAAUGGAUGUAGCCUGCUGUAUUUCAGCAUCACGUCUCUACAAAAUUCCCCCAUUUUCAUCUUCAUUUCUACAAACUCCAAUCAGCUUGUUUGCUGAACCAAUUCAUCGUAUAUCUUUGAAGCGUCUUCGCAGCGCUCCUGUUUAUUGCAACUCGGAACCUCCUACUAGUCUUAGUAGAACCUCUGAUUCUACUGCUAUCCAAGUUUACCGUGAUUUUGAGAGACUUAUUACAGAAGUGGUUAAACAAUCACAAGAUUCUUUGGGUGGAGCUAGCAACUGGAGUGAAGUUGAGGGCGCUUGGGUGUUGGAACCAAGAAACUCCAGACCAUGGUCUAUUGUACAUUUUAUUGGGGGGAUAUUUGUUGGAGCUGCUCCACAGCUUGCAUACCGUUUAUUUCUUGAACGUCUGUGUGAAAAGGGUAUAUUGAUAAUUGCAACACCAUAUGCUAGUGGAUUCGAUCAUUCUUCCAUUGCAGAUGAGGUGCAAUUUAAGUUUGACCGGUGUCUUCGGUCACUACGGGAAACUAUUGACAAACUUCCUACUUUUGGCAUCGGGCAUUCACUGGGCUCAGUCGUCCAUCUAUUAAUUGGUUCAAGGUAUGCCAUUCAAAGAAAUGGGAACAUAUUGAUGGCAUUCAAUAACAAGGAUCCCAGCCAAGCUAUUCCAUUGUUUUCACCUGUUUUUCUCCCGAUGACUCAAAGUAUGGGGCCACUUCUAUCACAGAUAGCAUCAGCUGAGACAAUCCGGCUUGGAGCAGAGACUACUUUAAAGCAGUUGGAGAACCUUAGCCCUCCUAUCAUGAAGCAGGUUCUUCCCCUGUUUGAGCAACUUCCACCCUUGUAUAUGGACUUGGCUAAAGGAAGGGAGAACUUCAGUCCAAAACCUGAAGAAACUCGACGCCUUAUAAAAACAUACUAUGGCAUAAACAGGAAUCUUUUAAUAAAGUUCAAAGAUGAUAUAAUAGAUGAGACGUCAAUUCUGGCACAAGUGCUGACCGUUGAUUCUGCUAUCAGUUCUAUGCUGGAUUUGUCCAUUCGUACUGUGCCAGGCGACCAUGGUACGCCUUUGCAACAGGUUCUCCCUGAUGUCCCUCCUGCAAUGGCUGAUGCAGUAAAUCGUGGAAGCGAGCUUCUCUCAAAUUUGAUUGCAGGGACUCCGUGGGAGACGGUGGCUAAGGAUGUCGGCCUUUCACUGGGAAUGGACUCUCAGAUUCUUCGUGCAGAAAGCUCAAAGGACCUUGAACACCUUGUUGAUGUGGUCAGUUCUUGGAUGUCCUCAAGCAUCGGUCCAGAGCUUCCGAGGUGAUGACGUAUAGGGUGCCAGCAAGUGAUGGGCGUCAGAUAUUACAAGUAGGGAAAGGUAAAGAAGUAAUUGAUGUAAAGAUGUGUCUUCUCAUGCACAGCACGAAAAUCAGUAAUGAUUAUCUUUGUAUCUGAUUGACUGAUAGCCUAUUGAUGUAAUAAUGAAACUCAAAUCUCGUGUAUAAAUUAUUUCAAUGGAAAGUGAGGGAAAACUAC